AUGACUCAUUUGACAUACUCCUUGGAACCAGGUGUGUGCAGUUUUGAUGAGCCACAAAAUCUGGAAAACAUACUCGGUGAUGAGGCUAAGAGCCUUGAUUGUGACUCGAGUGCGCAUUUUAGCAAUGUUGAGAAGAUGGCAAAAUCUAUCGGCCGGUUCACCACAGUCAUUUGCAGUAUCACAACUAAAUUUUCUCUACACGUUGAUGAUGCCGAUGCAGUUGCUACGGAUUUACAAAGACAAAAGGGUACGAUUAUAUCUGGAAAAGCUUAUGAUUGGGCCAGUAAAGUGACAUGCGUUGAUACUGUUCGGUUGUGUCGUUGUUACCGAGUCAUAACCAUAUUACUCUUGGACGGAGUCAAUUGCGUCUGCGACACCUCGCUUCGACACUGUCAGACACUCAAGACCAACAUGUAA